AGAAAAACAACAGACAUAUUGACAGCGUUUUUGAGAGGAAUGAACUUUUAAACAUUAUCCCACGCUUGUUCUUUUAGAAGCUGUAAAGCCAAACAUUGUGAAGAUGAACUUGGAAGCAGGUCUUGUGGUUCUGCUGGGUCUGCGGCUGGCGGUGGGAGCUGGACACUGGUGUGAACAUGUGGUGGAAGACAGAGUGGAGUGGGUUCUGUCCCCACGGCUGCAGCUGGAAGUGGGCUGCUCUGAAGUGUACCAGUACAACACACAGGGAUGGAGGCUGGAUGUGGACAGGAUGCGCACCGCGCAUGGAGGGGACGACGGAAUCGCUCAAUAUUACAAACAGCAGGGACAGACGGCGUCCUGCUUCUUGUACAAACCGCCGGAGAUGGAGAGCCGAGCCGUGAAUAAGACGGUGAGGACCUGCUGUGAGGGGUGGGCAGGACCUCACUGCUCUCAGGGUGUUGGGGUGCGUGGUCGGUGCUAUUCCACGUGGAACUGUGAGAAAUUCCCAGGAGUUCAUAACUCCUCGCUCAUGCCGAUGGAGCAAUGCUGCAGCACCCUGUGGGGACUGAGCUGGAAGAACGCCUCGGACCAAACCUGUUUGACUUGCACCUUCACUCUGCUGCCAGACUCCCAGUCCUCUCCUCUGGUGCGGAGUGGACUGCUGGGUACCGCCAGGGUUCCCCUGGGCUCGGCCACAUGCAUGUCUUGGGGAGGAGCCCACUAUCGCACUUUUGACAGGAAGCACUUCCACUUCCAGGGAAGCUGCACGUACCUGCUGGCCUCGUCUACCGAUGGCACCUGGGCAGUCUACAUCAGUACAAUCUGUGACCAGAGAGGAGACUGUAACAAGGCGCUGAGGAUGAUGCUGGGUCUGGAUUUGGUUUCUAUUCAUCAUAAAAAUGUAACACUGAACAGCCUGCCUGUUCCGAAUGGCGAGCCACUCUUUCAAAAUGGAGUGAGCGUCUAUUGGCUUGGGGACUAUGUGUUUGUGGAGAGUGGGGUGGGGGUCAGGGUGAAGUUCGACAUGGUCAACACGGUGUAUGUGACGGUGACCUCUGAGCAGCUGGGAACCACCAGGGGACUCUGUGGAGUCUUUAACAACAAUGCUGAUGAUGAUUUCACCACGGUGGCUGGAGCCGUUUCUUCAUACGCUGCCAGUUUUGGCAACUCGUGGAAAAUUCCAGACCAGCACAACGAGGACUGCAGUGAUGCAGCUGAGCUUGGCCACAGCUGUGAUGUCACAGGAGAUCCGGCUCUACAGCGGCAGGCAGAAGCAGUGUGUCGUCAGCUGCUGGAAAAACCCUUCACACACUGCCACAGCCAGGUGGAUCCAGGAGCCUACAUGGACACCUGUCAGUAUCUGUACUGCAGCCUCUCACCCAAAGAGAGGCAGGAAGCAGUGUGUGACACGCUGGCCAGCUACGCCCGGGAAUGUGCUGAACAACACAUCAUCAUAAUGUGGAGGACCGCAACAAUAUGUGACCGUGUCUGCCCCAGAGGACGGGUCUUUUCAGACUGCGUGUCCUCCUGUCCUCCGAGCUGCUCCUCACCUCACCGCCCGGGACCUGCUGCAGCUGUGAGUCGGUGCAGAGAGGAGUGUGUGGGGGGCUGCGAGUGUCCUCCUGAUCGCUACCUUCACCAGGGUCUCUGUUUGAAAAGAGAAGACUGUCCCUGUUUCCACCGCAGGCACACCUACCAGCCUGGGGACAGGAUACAGAUGAGAUGCAACACCUGUGUGUGCAGGGCAGGUCAGUGGGAGUGUACAGGAGAGAAGUGUGCUGGCCAGUGCACUCUGAUGGGGGCAUUGCAGGUGACCACAUUUGACAAAAAAUGGUAUGCACUGCCUGGAGGAGACUGUCCUUUCAUCGCUGUGGAGGACUUUGUGGACAGGAAGUUGGUGGUGAGAGUGCGUUGUGGAGAGUGUGCAUCUGAGGAUGGGGCGGGGGGAGGAGAAAUGGGGUGUUUAAAGGAGAUAACAGUGACGGCUCUGCACACAACAGUCACCGUUACACGCACUGGCACUGUGACUCUGAAUGGCCAAAGGGAGAUGAUGCCUGUGAUGACUGGAGACCUGGUGUUGCGCAAGGCCACCUCUUCAUUCAUCGUCAUCCAGACUUUUGGAGCCCAACUUCUAUGGUACUUAGAUGGAUCCUUUACCCUCAUCAGCCUACAGCCUGGUUUUGCCAACAAGGUGCGUGGUCUAUGUGGAACUCUGACUUGGAGCCAGCAUGAUGACUUUACCACGCCAGAGGGAGAUGUGGAGAACAAUGUUUUAUCCUUCGCAGAGAAAUUCACAAGUGAGCCCUGCACCCUGCCUGGAGGAACUCCAGCUGAUCCCUGCUCCACAUACACCCAGAGGAGAAUCUACGCCCAAACAGUGUGUGCCAUCAUACAUAGCCCUGUCUUUCAGGUGUGUCAUGAUGUGGUGGACAGGGAGCCAUAUUUCCGUCUCUGCCUGUCGGAGGUGUGUGGUUGUGUUCCACAGAGGACAUCAUGUCACUGUACCGUCCUCACUGCCUACAGCCGACUCUGCGCUCAGGAGGGCGUCACAGUUCAGUGGCGGAACCAAACUCUCUGCCCGGUCCAGUGCUCAGGGGGCCAGGUGUACCAGGAGUGCGGUCGUGCCUGUGGUGGCUCCUGCUCAGACCAGCAUCAGGGCUGGAGCUGUGACCAGUUCAGCUCUGAGACAGGACGCAGCAUGUGUGUUUCAGGUUGUCAGUGUCCAGCAGGACUUGUGCAGGACCAGCAAGGCCAGUGUGUGCCUAUCUCUCUGUGCCGCUGCAUGGAAGGAGACAAGCUGUAUCCAGCAGGCACUGUGGUCCAGAAAGGCUGCAACACUUGCGUGUGUGAGCAGGGAGUGUUUAACUGCACCCAGGAGCUCUGUGAGGAGGUACAACUGUGCCCCCACUCUCUGGUCUACUCUCCACGCUCCUGCCUCCUGACCUGCUCCAGUCUGGCGCCUCCUGGCCAUCAGUCUGUGUCCAGCGUCUCACAGUCCAGCUGCAGGGAGCCGCUGUCUGGCUGCGUCUGUCCUCAGGGAACUGUCUCUCUAGAGGAUCGCUGUGUUCCACCAGAGGAGUGUCCAUGUCACCACAACGGCCAGCUUUAUUACACCAAUGACACCAUCACUAAAGACUGCAACACAUGUGUGUGUAAGGAGCGGCGCUGGCACUGCACCCAGACUGUCUGUGCUGGUGUGUGCGUUGCCACCGGAGAUCCGCACUAUGUGACUUUUGACGGCCGCUGCUACUCGUUCCUGGGUGACUGCCAGUACGUGCUGGCCCGGGAAAACAGCGGCUUGUUCAGCGUGACGGCAGAGAACGUGCCGUGUGGCAGCACUGGGGUCACCUGCACCAAGUCUGUCACCCUGAGCCUCGGAAACACGGUCAUACACCUACUGAGAGGUAAAGCAGUGACGGUGAACGGAAUGCCUGUUUCCUUACCAAAGUCCUACAGCGGCAGUGGUCUGGCUCUGGAGAGAGCAGGCAUAUUUGUCGCUCUCUCUUCCCGACUAGGAAUCACCUUGCUCUGGGAUGGAGGGAUGCGUGUGUAUGUGCGCUUGGCACCUCACCUGCGGGGUCAGGUGGAAGGGCUGUGCGGGAACUUUGACGGAGACACAGAGAACGACUUCACAACACGCCAAGGAAUCAUGGAGUCCACGCCGGAGCUGUUUGGAAAUUCGUGGAAGGUCAGCCCUUCCUGCCCCGACGUGGAAAACCAGGACCUCAGAGAUCCCUGCGCUCUGAAUCCCCACAGAGUGACCUGGGCCAGGAAGAGGUGUGCAGUGCUGACUCAGGAGCUGUUUUCGCGCUGCCAUGCUGAGGUUUCCUUCCAGCAGUAUUAUGACUGGUGUGUCUUUGAUGCUUGUGGCUGUGACUCCGGUGGGGACUGUGAAUGUCUCUGCACAGCUGUUGCUUCAUAUGCAGAGGAGUGCAGCCGCAGAGGAGUCUACAUCCGCUGGAGGUCUCAGGAUCUCUGCCCUCUUCAGUGUGAUGAAGGGCAGCUCUACGAUCCAUGCGGUCCAGCCUGCGCUCCGUCCUGCCCCGGUGUCCAGCAGAGUCCACACUCUCAGUGUGGGGUGCUGUCCUGUGUGGAGGGCUGCUUCUGCCCUGCUGGCACAGUCAGACAUGGUGACAGCUGUAUAGAACCCACCCAGUGUCCCUGUGAAUGGGAAGGCUCCAUGUUUCCACCUGGAAGUGCCAUCACCAUUCACUGUCAGAACUGUUCCUGUGAAGAGGGCGUGUGGCGCUGUGAAGGCGUGUCUUGUCCUCCUCCCCCGCCUCCCUGCCUGGAGUCGGAGUUUUCCUGUGCCAGCGGACGCUGCAUCUCCUCUCAGUGGGUGUGUGACAAUGAGGACGACUGUGGAGACGGUUCGGAUGAGGUCUGCCCAUCCACCUGCUCCCCGGAGCAGUUCAGAUGUGCCAGCAGCCCGAGUGGACCAUGUUUGAACCUGGCUCUGCGUUGUGAUGGCCACCCAGACUGUGCUGACCAAUCGGAUGAGGAGUUCUGCGGACCCCCCACCCUGGCGCCUCUAUGUCCUCCCGGAGAGUUUCAGUGUGCCAACGGAAAGUGUCUUCCAGCCAGCCGUGUGUGUGACGGACGGCUGGACUGUGGCUUCGCUGAUGGGUCUGAUGAGCAAGACUGCGGUGUGGUGUGUGAUGAAGGGGAGUUCCUGUGUCCAGGAGGACGCUGCAUCCUCUACAUCCACCGCUGUGAUGGCCAUGAUGACUGUGGAGACCUCAGUGAUGAAAGGGGGUGUGUUUGCUCACCAGGAGAGUUUCAGUGUCCUGACGAUCGGUGUGUCCCUGCACACACACUCUGUGACGGCCAGAGAGACUGCCCUUCAGGAACAGAUGAAGCUGUCUGCCCAAGGAAAGUGACCUGUGCUCCUCAUCAGUUUGCCUGCAGUGAUGGUUCAUGUGUUGCCAAAACCAAGCUGUGCGAUGGAACAGUGGACUGUCCGGGCCGAGAGGAUGAGAACAGAACCAGCUGCUACGCUGGAGUCACAACAUCACCUGUCACGACGUCUUCAGUUUGCAGGUCCUAUGAGUUGAGGUGCGCCAGUGGGGGUCAGUGUGUGCCUCAGGCGUGGCGUUGUGACGGGGAAACGGACUGCAUGGACGGCAGUGACGAGCAGCAGUGUGCUGCUCCCUGUGGACUGGGCCAGGCGCUCUGCCUCAGUGGGGACCAGUGUGUGGAUUACCAGCAGCUCUGUGACGGGACCCCCCACUGCAAAGACUCAUCUGAUGAGAGCAUCAACACCUGCGGCUCCAUUCAGAUACCAUCCUGUCCGGGAAGCUUCCCGUGUGACAACCACACCUGUGUGAACGUGACCCAAGUCUGCAAUGGCGUCCCAGACUGCCCACGUGGCCAUGAUGAGUUGGUGUGUGAUCAAACCGUUUCAGCAGCGCCCCCUGGCAGUCGAAACCUCUCUGUGCCCUGCACCGAGUUCACCUGUAUGGAUGGAAGCUGUUUACCAUUUAACAGGGUGUGUAAUGGGGUUGCAGACUGUCCUGACUCUUCACUGAUCCCAUCUGGGGGCCCCACAGAUGAGCACGGAUGUAGAGCUUGGGGCUCUUGGGGCCCCUGGAGCUCCUGCAGUGCCUCCUGUGGAUUAGGUACCAUGAGCCGGUGGAGAUCCUGUCCCCCAGGUGACCCACUUCACCGCUGCCUGGGCCAACACACGCAGAAGCAGCAAUGCUUCAACACCACCUGCCCCGUGGACGGUCAGUGGUUAUCAUGGAGCAGCUGGUCCAGCUGUUCCAGUGGUUGCGGCGGGGUGCAGGUGAGGCUCAGAGACUGCAGUCCUCCUCGCUAUGGAGGUCGGCUCUGUUCCCAGCUCCCUGGACCUUCUAACAUCUCCAUGGAGAUCAAACCAUGUCCUGAUGAUGGCUGUGCUGACACCAGCUGUCCUCCUGGCCUGGUGAGGCACCGCUGUGCUCCGUGCCCCGUCUCCUGCGCCCACAUCAGCAGUGGGUCAACCUGUGACUCUGCGACGCCCUGCUUCUCUGGCUGCUGGUGCCCCGAAGGCCAAGUGAUGAGCCACACACAGCAGUGUGUGUCACCCAGAGAGUGUGUGUGUGAGGUGGCUGGUGUUCGCUACUGGCCGGGUCAGCAGAUGAAAGUGGACUGUGACCUCUGUGUGUGUGAGAGGGGAAGGCCUCAGAGGUGUCGGCCCAACCCAGACUGCUCAGUGCACUGCGGCUGGUCGUCCUGGUCUGAGUGGGGAGAGUGUUUGGGCCCCUGUGGGGUCCAGAGUGUCCAGUGGUCAUUCCGGAGCCCCAAUAAUCCAACCAAGCAUGGGGCUGGGAGGGUGUGCAGAGGGAUUUACAGAAAGGCUCGCCGGUGUCAAACUGAACCAUGUGAUCAGUGUCACCAUCAGAGUCGAUCCCAUGUAGUUGGAGAAAGAUGGAAGGUGGAGCCCUGCCAGUUAUGCCACUGUCUUCCCAACCUCACAGUGCAGUGCGCCCCCUACUGUCCAUAUGCAGUCACUGGGUGCCCUAUGGGUCUAAAGCUCAUCAAUGGAGAGGAGAACAGGUGCUGCUUCUGCCAAGGGGAAAAUGGGACAACGAUGGUAACAGAAAGCCCUGGCUUUAUCACAUCCAAACCCAGGGAUGUUACUCCUGUAGUACCUACAUAUCCAUUUCCAUCUGGAGAUGAGUGUUGGGUUCCUCUGGGUGUCCAGACGCUCCCAGUGUCUAGUUUCACUGCCUCGUCGCACCAGGACGGCCACCCACCCGAAGCAGCACGUCUUCAUGGGUGGGACCCCCGUAGAGAUCUCCAGGGCUGGAGUCCAGAACCAGAGGAGUAUAAAGACCUGCCACAAAAGAGACGCGAAGGACAGAGUGUCAACACACAAAGCCCCUACAUUCAGAUCGACUUACUCAAACCUUACAACAUCACUGGUGUUCUGACCCAGGGAGGUGGGGUGUUUGGCACAUUUGUCUCCAGCUUCUAUCUUGAGUUCAGCCAUGAUGGAAAACGUUGGCACAGUUACAAGGAGCUUCCUUCUGAUGCGCCACCGAGAGCUAAGGUUUUUCUCGGUAACCAUGAUGAUCGAGGCGUGACGGAGAGUAGACUGGAAAGGAUGGUGUCGGCUCGGUUUGUUCGACUGUUGCCUCACGACUUCCAGAAUGGCAUCUACCUUCGGCUGGAGAUCAUGGGCUGUGAUGAUGGUUUCCCCAGGUUAACUUUCCCAACCCCUCCUUCACCAGUCUCUCAGGCUGAAGGUUGCAGAGAGAGAGAAUUCCGGUGUGACAAUGGUCGCUGUGUGCCGGCCGGCUCUCUGGGAGUUGUCUGUGACGGAGUCAAUGACUGUGGGGACGGAUCGGAUGAGAAGUACUGCGGCACCCAACCGUCCUCCAUAACCACCAGUCCACGCAGCUGUCCUGUUGGUCACUUCUCUUGCCCGCCACCAGGGGGCUGCAUUGAGGUAGACAGGCGUUGUGAUGGUAUCCCUGACUGUCCUAAAGGGGAGGAUGAAAAUGGAUGCCACCGACAUGACAUCACUACACUGUCAGACAGGCCACACACACCCACACCUUCUCCUCUGAAGACUCCAUCAAUGGCUGUUGUUACUCUUUCUGCUGCAACACCGACUGACGGCGGUCCAGGAUACCACGGCCUUUGCUCCUCUCCUCUUGGACUGGAGGAUGGGAGGAUUCACUACGGCCAGCUGUCCUCAUCCUCACAGCGUGAGAACAACCCCGCUGAUGCCGGGAGACUAAACAUCGUCCCCAACAUCCCAGUUAUGGAGCCUGGUUGGAGCCCCUUACCUGGGGACCCCCAGCCAUAUUUUCAAGUGGAUUUCCUGGAGCCCACUUGGGUGUCAGGAGUGGUGACUCAGGGCAAUGAGCGCAUGUGGGGUUACCUCACCAAAUACCGCCUGGCCUUUGCCCCCCAGAGUGCCCUCUUCUCAGAUUUCACAGCCAAUGGAAAGUUUGACGGCCCUGCCAAGGUGUUUGAGGUUCGGAUGGUGGGCAGGACCCCCGUGACCCGCUGGUUGGGUCGGCUGAUAAGAGCUCGGUACAUCAGAAUCAUCCCUGUGGAGUUCAGGCAAACAUUCUACCUUCGUGUGGAGAUUCUUGGCUGCAGAGGAGAUGAGUUUGUGACCACAUCGCCCUCUGUGGUCAGCACAGUGACAGUGCAGCGCUGCAAGCCAGGCCAGUUUCUAUGCCUUGGCAGUGAGGAGUGCAUCCCUGUGUCUUUGCUUUGUGACGGUCAGCCAAACUGUAAGGACUACUCUGAUGAGACGAACUGUGGAACUGCUCCCACCAGAGGCUUUCCAGGCCUCCGCAAUCAGACCACCUACACUGGAAGACCUGGUAUCCAUGGUGACAACACAACAGGCAGCCCUGGACUACACACUACCAAGUCUGAAGAUGGCUUUCCUGGUGUGGCAUCAUCUGCAGUCACACCCAGAUCUCAGCCGCCGAGUUCAGGAGUCACAACAGGCCAACCUGGACUCCAUCUUACUGCCUCACUGCAGCCUGGAAGACCAGGUCUUCAAACCACAGAAGCACCACCAAUCAUCACAAGCACACCAGAUACCGGUUUACCCAGAGUGCUUUGCAUGGAGGGCCAGUUCACAUGCUGGUCAUUUGGCUGCGUGGACUCUGCACGAGUGUGUGACGGAAGGAAGGAUUGCUUAGAUGGUUCAGAUGAAAAACUUUGUGGCACAACAACCAGCCCAGCAGUAACUCCAUGGCGCCCCCUGGUGCCCAGACCCUGCUCUCCGAAGCAGUUCUCUUGUGACACCGGCGAGUGUCUUCACAAGGAUCGCAGGUGUGACCUGCAGAGGGACUGCAUCGAUGGAUCGGAUGAAAAAGACUGUGUGGACUGCAUCAUGUCUCCCUGGACAGCCUGGAGUGGCUGCAGUGUGACGUGUGGUCUUGGCUCCUUGUUCCGGCAGAGGGACAUUCUAAGAGACGCCCUGCCUGGAGGAUCCUGUGGUGGAGCUCAGUUUGACAGUCGAGCCUGCUUUCCUCGAGCAUGUCCAGUUCAUGGUCUCUGGUCGGCAUGGACUGAGUGGUCAGAGUGUGAUGCUCUGUGUGGAGGAGGAGUUAGACAGAGGAACAGAACCUGCUCUGCUCCUCCUCCUAAAAACGGAGGAUGGGAUUGUGAGGGCAUGACCCGACAGAGCCAGACCUGCAACAUCCAGCCCUGCACCAACGAGACAGGCACACAGACAGGCUGCGUCAGCGGCAUGGUGCUGGUGAAAGAAGAAGACUGCAGAGCUGGACGAGUUGACCCCUGUCCGCCUACCUGCUCAGAUCUGAGCAUGACCAGCAACUGCUCUGCAACAUGUGUCAUUGGCUGCCGCUGUCCGUACGGGCUGUACCUCCAGGACGGCCGAUGUGUGAAGUCCAGCCAGUGCAUCUGUCACUGGGAUGAUGAAACCCUGCAGCCUGGCCAGGUGAUCAGCAGAGAUCAGUGCACCACGUGCAUGUGCAGAGAAGGACAGGUCACCUGUGACACUUCUAGAUGUCUGGAGACGUGCCAGUGGUCCACCUGGUCUGCAUGGUCUCCAUGUGAUGUGACGUGUGGUGUGGGGUUGCAGCAACGCUACAGAUCUGUGCUGACAGCAGCUGGACCAAUCAGAGCGCAGCCCUGUUCGGGAGACGCCUCUGAGUCCCGACGCUGUUCCAUCUCAUGUCUCCCUGUACUACCAGGCGGCACGUGGAGUAAAUGGACCAGCUGGUCAGAGUGCACUAAGACAUGUUUCAGUGACGUGGAUGACGUGGGAAUUAGACGCCGAUUUCGCGGCUGCAACCAAACAACCUCAGCUUUCAGUCGCACACACACACAACCUGUGUGUGAUGGAGAUGAUGAGGAGCAUGAGCCCUGCAACACUGAGCACUGUCCAGUGCAUGGAGGCUGGUCGCUCUGGUCCCACUGGUCUCGGUGUUCGUCUGACUGUGACUCUGGUGUCCAGACGAGGGAGAGGCUCUGCAGUUCACCAACGCCACAACAUGGGGGCAGCAACUGCUCUGGGCCCCACAUACAAACUAAAGACUGCAAUUCCCAUCCCUGUUCAGGUGUGUGUCCAGAGGGCAUGACCUACAUGACAGCAGCUGAGUGUGAGGCUCAGGGCGGAGCGUGUCCAAGGGUGUGCAUGGACAUGACCUCCGCAGACGUUCAGUGCGCCACCUCCUGUUACGACGGCUGCUACUGCGCCCUGGGGUUCUAUCUGUUCAACAGCAGCUGUGUUCCUCUGGCGCAGUGCCCUUGUUACCACCAGGGGGAGAUGCACCCAGCAGGAGCCACCCUGCCUGCUGAUGCCUGUAACAACUGCACCUGCACUGAUGGAGAAAUGGAGUGUGGGUCUACUCCGUGCCCAGUGGACUGUGGUUGGAGCAGCUGGACGCAGUGGAGCGCAUGCACUCGGACGUGCGAUGUGGGUAUCAGACGGCGGUACCGCUCCGGAACCGAUCCUCCUCCAGCCUUCGGAGGCCGUCCCUGCAAAGGAGAGGGAGUCGGGGUCGAUACCUGCAGCGUCGAGCCCUGUCUGGGUAUCAGAGAACCGUGGAGCUCGUGGUCGGAGUGCUCUGUGACGUGCGGAGGAGGUUACCGGACCCGGACCCGCGGGCCAAUCAGGACCCACGGCACAGCCCAGCAGUUCAGCUCCUGUAACCUGCAGCCGUGUGGUGGAGGCAGGACUUGUCCUCCAGGCCAGCAGUGGACACAGUGUGUGGUGGGACCUGUGAGCUGCACUGACCUCACUCUGAACCUGAGCAGGAACUGCACUCCAGGCUGCCAGUGUCCACAUGGGACUGUCCUGCAGGAUGGUAAGUGUGUGCUUCAAUCAGACUGUCCCUGUGAUGCCGAUAUAGAGCCAUACAAACCCGGAGACACUGUGCCCAACAAAUGCAAGAACUGUACCUGUGAAAGAGGAAGGCUCGUAAACUGCUCUCGGAUCAGCUGCAACGUGGACGGCCAGUGGUCAUCAUGGACUCCCUGGAGUCAGUGCUCAGUGUCAUGUGGAGCGGGUCUCCAGUCUCGGUACCGGUUCUGCUCCAGUCCCCAGCAGUCAGGCAGUGGACUCCCGUGUCUUGGUCCUCACCGCGAGGAUCAAGUCUGCAUCAUGCCCCUGUGUGACCUUGACGGGGCCUGGAGUCGCUGGAGUGACUGGACGGACUGCUCCAAGUCAUGCGGUGGAGGGAUCCAGAGCCGGAGGAGACUCUGUGACUCCCCCAGUCCUGAGGGGGCCGGAAGCUACUGCGAGGGGCCUGGAACAGAUGUCAGAGCCUGUAACACCGACCACUGUCCAGUGCCGCCUUGCUCCAAGGUCCCAGGAACGGUCUUCAGCAGCUGUGGGCCGUCCUGCCCUCGAUCCUGUGACGACCUGGCACACUGUGAGUGGCACUGUGAGCCGGGGUGCUACUGCACCGAGGGGAAGGUCCUCUCAGCCAAUGGGACGGUCUGCGUGGCGAGGGACGGCUGUCCCUGCUUGGACAUAAACACUGGGCGUCGUGUGGAGCCAGGAGAGUCCACUCAGGCCCCUGAUGGCUGCAACAACUGCACAUGUCAGGGUGGAGAGUUCAACUGCACCACCGAGCCAUGUCCAGUGUCGGGUGGGUGGUGUGAGUGGUCAGAGUGGACUCCCUGCUCCAGAACCUGUGGGGCGGAGUCAGUGUCCCGCUACAGGAGCUGCAACUGUCCUGAGCCUAAAGCUGGGGGAGACCUCUGUCCCGGAGAACAGGAAACGCACAACGGGAUCGGAGCACAAAUACAGAGACGGCCCUGCCCUGUCGUCACAUUCUGCCCAAUUCAUGGCUCCUGGAGUUCCUGGUCUGCCUGGUCAGAGUGUGAUGAAUGUGCCGGCUCCUCCAUUCGUACCAGACAGUGUAACAGUCCCCCUGUCAGGUUUGGUGGCCUCCCCUGUCUGGGCGAGAGCCGGCAGAGCCGCAGAUGUCACGACAACGCCACUGUCUGCUCAGACUGCGGUGGUGGUCAGGAGGAAUGGCCGUGUGGGAAGCCUUGCGCUCGCUCCUGUUCAGAUCUCCACGGCGACACGGACUGCUUGGACUCCCCCCGGUGCAUCCGGACCUGCGGUUGUCCGGACGACAUGCUGCUGCAGGACGAAGUGUGUGUGGCAAGACAGGAGUGCCGCUGCAAAUACCACAACGGCUCAGCUACCGAUGGUUUGGGUUCCAGGAACGUAUCCUGGGUGUGGCCUGGUGGAUAUGACUGGCAGUUUGCAAAUCCAGGGGAUAUCAUCAUCAGUGACUGUAAAAACUGCUCGUGUGAGGGUGGCGUUUUGCAGUGCCAGUCUGUCCCCGGUUGCCAUGUGGAUGGGGGCUGGGGCCAAUGGGGAGCCUGGACCGAGUGCUCUGUUCCUUGUGGCAGAGGCGUGACGUUCAGGAGGCGUCUGUGCGAUAACCCGGCCCCUCAGGCCGGCGGCAGAGGCUGUCUGGGUGCAGCAGAGCAGAAGAAGGACUGCAACAUGCAAAUGUGCACAGACUCGGUGGGCCCUUGGCUGCUCUGGUCUCAGUGGUCUUCUUGCUCGGUGAGCUGCGGCGGAGGGCAGCAGUCCCGUUCUCGUACCUGCACCUCUCCACCUUGCCACGGUGUCAGUCGCCAGAGCAAAAUGUGCAACACACAGGUCUGCCUCGAUGUGGGCUGCCCCCCCGGUAAGCUGUACAGGGAGUGUGAGCGUGGAGAGGGCUGUCCCUUCAGCUGCGCUCAGGUCAGUGGCAGAGAGGGCUGCUACUCUGACAGCUGUGAGGAAGGCUGCCACUGCCCCCCGCACACCUACCAGCACCAUGGAACGUGUACACCGGAGUGUCCGUGUCUGGUGGAUAGAGAGUUCCUGGCCCGCUUGCAGAGCGUGUCUGUCACAUCCGUAUCAUCUCUGCUCUCCAACAACGUCUCAGAAGGGUCGGAGCUCAUGUCUGGAGAUGCACUGACGCAUGACUGCAGCACCUGCGGCUGUGAGCAUGGCAGGUGGAACUGUUCCCUGGAGCUCUGCCCCGUCCACGGCGGGUUGUCACCCUGGGGCCCCUGGAGCCCCUGCUCGCUCUCCUGUGGAGGUCUGGGAGUGAAGACUCGCUCCAGGGCCUGCACAGAGCCGGCUCCGGCCCACGGUGGGAGAGACUGUCAGGGGCUCCGCAAGGAGACCACCUAUUGCCAGGCCCCGGAUUGUCCAGCCACUGUUGUUCCAACAGUGGAACCAACUAUUCCAGAGGAGGAUUCCGGCUUCUCUCCGUGGUCGCUGUGGAGCUCCUGCACCAAAACCUGCACCGAUGUUCAGACCCCUGCUGUAAAGUCUCGUCAUCGACUGUGUGCCAAACCUCCCUGCUCUGGAAGCGCUCACCAGGAGAAGGCGUGCAACCUGCCCCAGUGUCCAGGAGAGGUGUGUGUAGGAGCCACCUGCCCUCCAAGGAACUGCUCCUGGAUGGAGUGGGGGCUGUGGGGGUCCUGCUCUCGGUCUUGUGGUGUGGGUCACCAGGAGAGGAUUCGAACCUUCCUCCAGCCUGCCGGCAACGGUUCCUGGUGUGAGGACAUUGUUGGAGGGAACCUGGACCAUCGCUUCUGUAACAUCCGGCCCUGCAGAGUGAAUGGAGGCUGGUCCAGGUGGAGUCCCUGGUCCCGCUGCGACCAGCGCUGCGGUGGCGGCCGCUCCAUCCGCACCCGUUCCUGCUCCAGCCCCCCACCCAAGAACGGGGGCAGGAAGUGCGUCGGGGAGAAGAACCAGGUCAAGCCGUGUAACACCAAACCUUGUGAUGAUGGAGGCUGUCCGAUGGGCCAGGAGUUUGUGUCGUGUGCCAACCAGUGUCCUCAACGCUGCUCAGAUCUCCAGCAGGGCAUCGAGUGCCAGGGCAGCGCUGAAUGUCAGCCUGGCUGUCGCUGCCCUCAAGGUCGGUUGCAGCAGGACGGUGUGUGUGUGGAGCUGUGGCAGUGCGACUGCGUGGACUCGCUGGGCGAUGUGUGGGCAGCAGGCAGCUGGCACCGGGUGGACUGCAACAACUGCAGCUGCUCUGACGGCCGGCUGCUCUGCACCAAUCACAGCUGCCCGCCCGUCUGCGCGUGGAGCUCGUGGUCCAGCUGGGCAGCCUGCAGCACUUCCUGUGGGCAGGGCCAGAGAACCAGAUACAGAUCCCGGGUCCCAGAGACCGAAGGAGUAGACUGCAACUUUGAGGAGGUUCAGCACAAACCGUGCAACCCUGGACUCUGCCCCCCUCUCUGCCUACACGAGGAACAGGAACUCAGAGUGGGAGACACCUGGCUGCAGGGAGAGUGUCAGCAAUGCAUUUGUACCCCAGAGGGAAUCUACUGCCAAGACAUCGACUGCAGAGUUGACGGUGCCUGGACGCCCUGGUCAGUGUGGUCCGACUGCUCAGCGACCUGCAGCCAGGGGACGCGGGUCAGAACCCGAGCCUGCAUCAACCCCCCGCCACGAAACAACGGCUCUCACUGCAGCGGAGCGGCCAGAGAAACGCAGCACUGUCAGACGCCGCCGUGUCUGGAUGACCUUUGCCCAUGGUCGCCAUGGUCACCGUGCUCCAGGAGCUGCGGCGCCGGGUCGGUGUGGCGACGCAGGGCGUGUGUGUGUGAGGAGGGAGGCGACGCAGCGUGCCCCCCUGAGGCCGAGGCCCUGAGGAACAGAGAGGAGACCCAGCUGUGUUACCAGCGACCGUGUCCCGAAUGUCCCAUGUCCGCGUGGAGCGUUUGGUCUCGUUGCUCGUGCGAGUCUCAGAGGCAGCAGCGAUACCGCGUAGCGCUCACCUCGGCCGCCGGGGGGCAGCAGUGCACUCCCGUAGAAACCCAGAGCCAGGCGUGCAGCCUCAGUCAGUGUGACGGCUGCGAAGCCCCGUUUGUUCACUCUGCAUGCGGAGCGCCGUGUGAGAAGCAGUGCGCUCUGAUGGGCAGAGAAGAUCUUUGUCUGGGGGUCAGAGAGUGCACACCUGGCUGCUACUGCCCUCAGGGCCUGCUGCAGCAGAACGGCAGCUGCGUUCCUCUGCAGCAGUGUGGCUGCAUGUUUCUGUGGCCCCAGGCUUCAGAGGAACCUCCCACACCCACUGUUGUCCCUCAAGGGGCCACGGUCACUGUAGACUGCAGCACCUGCCUGUGCCAUGAUGGGACUUUACAUUGUGACAUGAGAGAGUGUGAAGUGGUCCUCAGUGAGUGGUCCCAGUGGACCCCCUGCUCUCCCUGCAUGCCCCUGGCCUCCCUGCAGCUUGCUCCGUCCCUGGAGGCGCUCGUCAACGGCACCAACCUGGCCUCCGUCCAGAGACGUUUCCGGGCCUGCCUGGACAUCGAUUCGGGUCUCCCUAUCAAGAGAGAGGAGGAGAGCCGAUGUCUGGGGCCCCUGGUGGAGGACAGGCUCUGUCCAGAUGCUGCCGUCUGCAGAGAUCUGUGCCACUGGAGUGUGUGGAGUGUUUGGACAGCGUGCGCACAACCGUGCAGCGGCGGAGUCAGGCAGCGCUACAGGCGACCCCUGGCCUCCCCGGCGGGGCCCCACUGCAGGAGCCAGCAGACGCAGAGCCAGAGCUGUAACACUGGACUCUGUCCAGGUGAGCGCUGUGAGGACAGGCAGCGGAUCUACCAGGAGAACUGUGCUAAUCGCUGUCCUCGCAGCUGUGCAGACUUGUGGGAGCAUGUGCAAUGUCUGCAAGGCAGCUGUCACUCAGGCUGUCGAUGUCCUGAUGGCCAGUUGCUGCAGGACGGCCGCUGUGUCCCGGUGAGCCAGUGUCGCUGUGGAAUCCCAUCAGCCAAUGGGACUGCAGAGUUCAGCCCUGAAGAGGAGCUUGUUAUUGAAUGCAACACUUGUGUGUGUGAGAACGGCACUCUGGUGUGCACCGCGAUUCCCUGUCCGGUUUAUCAACCUUGGAGCCCGUGGAGCUCCUGCUCCGUGUCCUGUGGACCCGGACAAAGAACCAGGACACGGAGCUGCCAGGACGCACAGGGCGGUCCCCCCUGUGCUGCCACCAGCCAAACUGAGAACUGCCAUCUGCCAUCCUGUCCAGAGGGCUGUUUGUUAAGUGAGUGGUCAUCCUGGAGCGAAUGCAGCAGCACGUGUGGCGGAGGAGUGUCAACACGGAACAAGACGAUCCUUCAAGAAGCAGAGCCUGGUGGGGCGGUGUGUGUUGGUCCACUCAAACAGCAGACUGUCUGUAACACCAACAGCUGCUUACCUGAGUGUCCCAACAGCCAGGUUUACAGCAACUGUUCAGCUUCUUGUCCUUUCACAUGUGAGGACCUGUGGCCACACACCGAGUGCUUGCCUGCACCCUGUACCUCCGGCUGUUCUUGUCCUCCUGGACAGGUGUUGUAUGAGGGCUCCUGUGUGCCUCACGCAGACUGUCCCUGUUCGUCACUCUCUUUGCCACCUGAAUACCAAAGCUGGAACACAAGCGGCGAGGGCUUUACGGAGGUUCUGCUGCAGCCUGGAACAGUUAUUCAGCACCGCUGCAACACAUGUGUUUGUCAAAGCGGAGCAUUCAGCUGCACCUCAGAGAGCUGCGAAGUGGCCUGCCAGUGGUCCAGCUGGUCGCCAUGGAGUCCAUGCUCGGCCAGCUGUGGUACCGGCCAGCAAAGCUCCACCAGACGGGUUCUGCAGCCCAGCCUGUACGGCGGAGCCCCGUGUGACGGACUGAACAUCAGGAGUAUGGCCUGCGAAGCUCCUGACUGCGCGUGUCCCAACGGGGAGCGGUGGAGGCGGAGCCGCCUGGAGGAGGAGGAGGCCCCGCCGUGUGAGAGGAGCUGUGGGGACAUUUACUCCACACCCCCCACCGCCUGCGGCCGCUCGGCCGGGGGCUGCGUGUGUGUGGAGGGACUGUACCGAAACCCGGCGGGCGCCUGUGUCAUCCCCGCCCUCUGCCCCUGCCACGACCAGGGCGUCCUGCGAGAGGCGGGGUCGGAGUGGGAAGAGGGCUGUCUUUCAUGCAGCUGUGUGAACGGGAGGACGCUGUGCCAGGUGAAGUGUCCUCCACUUUACUGCGAAGAGGGGGAAGUGAAAGUGGAGGAGCCAGGCAGCUGCUGUCCAGUCUGCAGAAAACAGUUCCCAGGUGAGCCUGAGGCGGAGUGCAGGCGCUACAUCCAGGUCCGGAACAUCACCAAGGGAGACUGUCGGCUUGACAACGUGGAGGUCAGCUUCUGCAGGGGACGCUGUCUGUCCUGGACUGAUGUCAUCAUGGAGGAGCCCCACCUCCGCUCAGAGUGCGAGUGCUGCAGCUACAAGCUGGACCUGGUGAAACCGGUCCGCUUCCUUAACCUGCAGUGUGCGAGCGGAGAAAGUGAGCAGGUCUUCCUACCAGUCAUUACCAGCUGCGAGUGCACCAGCUGCCACGGAGGCGACAUAUCCAGACGCUGAGUUGAGUUUGUGGCUCGAGUGUGUGCUUGUGCGCGUGAAUGAGUGUGUGUCACAUAGAGUGGGAACAGUCUGAACCCCAUGCUGAGCGAAGCAGCAUUCUGACAGCCAGCUCUGUGAUAAAUGGAUGUUUCCAGGACGAGCAGAUGGAUGGACAGACGAGCGGCUCUUGAAGGACUCACUGCGCCGCGUAGUUUCAGUCGUAGUUUCAGGUUCUUGCUCUGCAGCUUCUUCUGCCUGUACAGUCUUUUCUACUGUGUGUUUAUAGUUUGAUCCAAGUUUGACCUGUUUACGCAUUAAGAGAUGUUUAUGAUUUCCUUAUGUCUGCUGUCAGUCUUCUUGUUUCCAACUGUUGAGCUUAUCAAUAAAAAAUGUUUAUUCUGGA